AUGGCUACGAUGAAAGAUUACAAAUACGAAUCGUUGCCCAAUGGUCCCUCGAUCCGCCUAUUGGUUAUCCAUCCGGCUAAACAUCUUGAUGAGCCGUUGGUCUGCGAUGUCAGAGUUAUUUCACUAGAUGAAAACCACCCAGACUAUGCAGCACUGAGUUAUACUUGGGGUGACAACACUACGAACAACAACAACGUUGCCCACUAUGUUAUCUGCAAGGGACAAAGGCUGGCCAUUACCACAAAUUUGAAUCAAGCCCUCCGGCGAUUUCGCCAGUUCGAGACCUGCGAGUAUAUAUGGGCCGAUGCUAUCUGUAUCAACCAACUCGAUAACAUGGAGCGCAACACACAAAUUCUUCUCAUGAAACGAAUCUAUCAGCAAUCUAGAAUGACCUAUAUAUUUCUCGGAGAGCAGGAAGAUCAACCCCAAACACCCAAUGCAGUUGAUUAUGUGGAGAAAACGAUAUUCCGUCCUCUACAUAUUAGGCGGACAAACGAGUUGUUGAAGGAUAUUCUACAUUAUGUCGAAAUGCCACAAGAAGAUGACUGGGCACCAUGGAUGUCAUGGCAAAUUCUCCUAACACGGCCAUGGUUCAAUCGGAUAUGGGUUAUUCAGGAAGCUACUGCGGCACCUGAUCGUACCAUCGUCCAAGUUGGCGCCUUUCGGAUGACGUGGAAUGAAUUAGUGGCCGCAAAUGCUGCUUCACUCGAAUUUCUGUCUGAAAGUGAUGUGAAUCUUGGAUUCUCUAUGGUCGGCGGCUACAAUGUCGGAGGACAGAAACUCGAUGCGAUCGAAGCCAUUACGAGAUGGAAGGCAAACCGAGUGACUUUGGAAGCUAUGGAGAUGAUUUCGCAAACUCUCCAUCCUGGACGCGAUUAUCUGAGUAUUCUGCUUGGACCAAGGCGCAAGAUGGUGAUAUCCGAUCCUGAUCCGUCUCCUGUGAAGUACUGGAUCCCACUCGCAGGGAACAACAACGUCCCAAAUCAUCUUACAUCUGGAAUUGUAGGCCUUUUUUAUAGUCGAAGCAGGGCGAGCAGUCUACCAAUUAUUGCAAAUAUCCACGAACAAGGAGAAACGGAUACUCGAGAUGGAGGCUCUGAUAAUGCGUCGCUAACAGAGUCAACACUGCAAGGGACAGAGGGAGGAAAUGAUGCGGAUUGGAAAGAUGUAUUGAGACUUACCGCUAAAAUACAGUCCCUUCACCUUUUCCAGCUUCUAAAACGAUGCUGCAACUUCAAGGCUUCGGAUCCAAGGGACCAUCUCUACGGCUUGCUGGGUCUCGCGACCGACGCACAUAUGGCACCGAAACCAGACUACGAAAAAUCCACGGAGCAGAUUUAUCGUCAAUUUGCCGAGUACUUUGUUUCGCAAGGAUAUGGAACUGAGCUGCUAUCCAUGAGUGACUCGAGAAUGAGCCCGUCCUGGGUUCCGGAUUUUGCUGCCCUCGGCCAAAAUGUCCCAGGUCUCGCUGAAGGUUGGGAUCUCAGGCACUUCUCAAAAUUUACCGCUGGUAGGAGCGCCGGUGGAGAUAUUCGUUUGAACGGCGAUCGAUUGACUACGAGGGGUGUUAUUGUUGACGCUGUCGUUGCUCUUGGGCCGCAGUUGCGUUCUAGUUCAUAUUUCGCUUCUCAACCCAAAUUACCAGAUGAUAAUAAAGAAGCAUUGAAGAAAUUUGAAGGCCAUAUCACAGAUUGGGAUCGAGAAACAACUAUGUUUAUCCAGAAUGCACAUAAAAUGGGCAUGUUUCAAGGUCAAAGCCAAACAGCGUUAUCGAGAGUAUAUAACAUAGUCAUCUCUGCCGGGAACAAAGUGAUCCAUGGAGGAGAGAUGCAGUCAAUUAUUGCCCAAUUGGGAACCGGAUCUUACAGAGAAUUUGCAUAA